GUUUUAACAUUCUGUCGACGCUCCUCUCGUCCUCGCAGCUCUACCUCCAAAGCCACCCAAGCCCGCCUCCGUGACUAACAACGGCAUGAACAACAACAUGGCUCUGCAAGACGCCGAGUGGUACUGGGGGGACAUCUCGAGGGAGGAGGUCAACGAGAAGCUGAGGGACACCGCCGACGGUACGUUUCUGGUGCGGGACGCCUCGACAAAGAUGCACGGUGACUACACUCUGACUCUGAGGAAAGGAGGAAACAACAAGCUCAUUAAGAUAUUCCACCGGGACGGGAAGUACGGCUUCUCGGACCCUCUGACCUUCGGCUCCGUCGUCGAGCUCAUCAACCACUACCGCAACGAGUCGCUGGCUCAAUACAACCCCAAGCUCGACGUCAAGCUGCUCUAUCCCGUCUCCAAACACCAGCAGGAUCAAGUGGUGAAAGAAGACAACAUCGAAGCUGUGGGGAGGAAGCUGUGUGAGUACCACCAGCAGUACCAGGAGAAAAACAAAGAGUACGAUCGCCUGUACGAAGAAUACACCAGAACGUCACAAGAAAUCCAAAUGAAAAGGACGGCGAUAGAAGCUUUUAACGAAACCAUAAAGAUAUUCGAGGAGCAAUGCCAAACACAAGAGCGGUACAGCAAGGAGUACAUCGAGAAGUUCAGGAGAGAGGGCAACGACAAGGAGAUCCAGAGGAUCGUGGGAAACUACGAGAAGUUGAAAUCCAGGAUAAGCGAGAUCGUGGACAGCAAACGACGGCUGGAGGAGGAUCUGAAGAAACAGGCUGCAGACUACAGAGAGAUCGACAAGAGGAUGAACAGCAUCAAGCCCGACCUCAUCCAGCUCCGCAAGACCAGAGACCAGUAUCUCAUGUGGUUGACCCAGAAGGGAGUGAGACAGAAGAAGCUCAACGAGUGGCUCGGAAUCAAGAACGAGAACACAGAAGAUCAAUAUUCUAUGGUGGAAGACGACGAAGACCUGCCUCAUCAUGACGAGCGCUCCUGGAAGCUGGGCAACAUCAACCGACUGCAGGCGGAGGCUCUCCUCCAGGGCAAGAGAGACGGAACAUUCCUGGUCCGAGACAGCAGCAAAGCAGGAUGCUACGCCUGCAGCGUUGUCGUGGACGGCGAGGUGAAGCACUGCGUCAUCAACAAGACCCCCUCAGGUUAUGGCUUCGCCGAGCCGUACAACCUGUACGGCUCCUUAAAGGAACUCGUCCUUCACUACCAGCACACGUCUUUGGUUCAGCACAAUGACUCUCUGAAUGUGACGCUCGCGUACCCGGUCUACACCCAGCAGAGACGGUGAGGACCCCUAGCCCCCCCCUCCCCUCCUCUCUCUUUACCCCCGCCUGCCUGGACGGAUGUUUUCCACACGGACACGGAGAGAAAGGCCUCAUGGGAUUUGGAGUAGGAGAUGAAAAACAUCCCUGGGACUCCAUGAUUUAAAAAUGAACGAGGCUCUGUUUGCCGAAACUCGGACAUGGGGAAAAAAAGAAACAGAGCCUGAAACAUUUCAGUGACUUUUGCUCUGACCACGAGCCUGCGGCGAGUCUGAAUGUAGAUUUCUUUCUCUUUUGCUUUUGUCGUGGGAGCACAGAAUCAAGCGGAAACUGCUGAACUCUCCCCAGCAGAGGACAUCUGAGGCCUUUUCCUAAUGGUGCUUGUUCUUUUUUUUUUUUUUCAAAGCUUUACCAGCCGGGAAUGUCUAAUCGCAGCAAGAUAAACUCUUCAAAUGGAACCGUACCCAUCGGCCACAUCUGUUUUUUCCACUUUUUCUUUUGCCCUAUCAUGUCAUCUACGAGCGUGCGAGUGUGUGUGUGUUUCUGCACAAGUGUUUCUGUGUAUGUGUCAGUCUGUGUGUGAGUGAGUGUGAUUGUCCAUGUGACCAAAACUCAGAAUCAGGAAACUGUGUGACGUCUGUGGGGGAGUGUAACACAUUUGUUUGUGUUGACUGUUGAAAAGCGGACCUCGUGUCGGCUGAUAAAUGUAGCAAAAUGGCACUUUUUUUAAACAAAGUUUAAUUUUUGUUUUUUUGAAAAAGACUCCUAUGGACUUUUUAAGAGAAAAGGCGGAGCAGACGUCUUCAUCCUGCCCUCCUCUCAGUCGAGCAUUAUAGCGCAGAAGUAAACUUUGAUCUUUACUGUGGGGCGGUGCGAAAAAACUCUGAACGGACUUCGUAUCUCGUGUACAUAUGUGAAAACGUCAUGCAUCAAAGUGCACCAUACCAAAAAGGAUCACUUCCUGUUGAGUUGUAUUCUGAUCUGCUAUGCAAUCUUUUUCUCCAUCCCUCUUUGAGGAUGGAGUCUUCGUUCUGUUGCAGACCCACGAUAUAAGCUUGUUUUAUUGCUUGAAAAGUCUCUUUUUCCUGUGUGAAUAUCCCCUCAGAGGAUAUUUGGUGUCAAAAUGCUACGAUACAGUGAAAACAAAAAAACUGCUUCUGAUUUUUAAAAGAUGAUGAUAAUAGCAACAUACACUUUAUUCUAAAAGACUUUAAUAGCUGGCGUACAGAUGGAAGAGAUGAGUAUUUUAUUAGACUUAUUUUGCUUCAAACUAAUGUUCUUCUCAGGCAGAGCGUCUCGACUCUUUGAGCCGCUUCGGUCACGGCGAGAACGAAGAUUUCUUAGAGCUAAACGUCUUUGUUUGGACGGACAGAGAGCACUCAGAGAAACGGGGAUGAUGGGAUUGUACGACCCCUCCCCCCCUUAAGAGACCAUCAUCACGGAAAACCACAGUAUAGAUUUAUUUUGUUAUAAAAUAUAUAUGUUCCCACAUGAGAAUAUAUCAAAGCAGGCCGGCGUCUUCAGCCGAUGGAUAUUGUUGUUAAAGAUCGAUAAACAUUGUCCACUUAGUAUUUUUCUGUAUCAGAAAAUCACUGUGUUUACAUAGGUGGAUCAGCUCAUUUCAGAUCUGUCUCUAAUUUCAUAUUUCAGAGGGGAAAAUAGGACGACACACGUUAGUGAGAUCCUUAAAAACUCAACAGCUCAACCAUAUUGUUUCCUUUACCCAUAUACUUUUCCCCCCCCAUUUAAACGGUACAUGUUUAAACCCAGCAAACUGGAUUAAGAAUAAUCCGAGAGUGUUCAAGCCCGGUUCUACAAGAAGUGGCAAAAGGACACAUGGCACCCUCAAUUGAAUGGAUGCGAUAAAACUGCACCCCCUUAAAUCUCAGUUGCGCCCUAAAGACCUUUGCACACAGAGUCCGUAGACUUUUAUGUCCGAAAUUGAAGCACGUUAAAAAAAGAAAUAGAAUCUCAUGUUAUGUCAAACAUGUUUGCACACUGACUGCGAAAUGUUCAUCUGUCUUUUAAAAAAAAAAAAAUACAGAAACUCUCCCUUAUAGACAGGUGAAACUCUCCCUUAUAGACAGGUGAAACUCUCCCUUAUAGACAGGUGAAACUCUCCCUUAUAGACCGGUGAAACUCUCCCUUAUAGACAGGUGAAACUCUUUUAUAGACAGGUGAAACUCUCCCUUAUAGACCGGUGAAACUCUCCCUUAUAGACAGGUGAAACUCUCCCUUAUAGACAGGUGAAACUCUCCCUUAUAGACCGGUGAAACUCUCCCUUAUAGACAGGUGAAACUCUCCCUUAUAGACAGGUGAAACUCUCCCUUAUAGACAGGUGAAACUCUCCCUUAUAGACCGGUGAAACUCUCCCUUAUAGACAGGUGAAACUCUUUUAUAGACAGGUGAAACUCUCCCUUAUAGACCGGUGAAACUCUCCCUUAUAGACAGGUGAAACUCUUUUAUAGACAGGUGAAACUCUCCCUUAUAGACAGGUGAAACUCUUUUAUAGACAGGUGAAACUCUCCCUUAUAGACCGGUGAAACUCUCCCUUAUAGACAGGUGAAACUCUUUUAUAGACAGGUGAAACUCUCCCUUAUAGACAGGUGAAACUCUCCCUUAUAGACAGGUGAAACUCUUUUAUAGACAGGUGAAACUCUCCCUUAUAGACAGGUGAAACUCCCUUAUAGACGGGUGAAACUGUCCUCGCUCUUGCCUUGUUUUCAGGCGUGGACAGACACCGUUGUUUGAGUACGAGACAUUUUGUUUAAUACUGCCAAUUUUCGCAAAGAAUAGAAGAACUAACGCAGCGGACUCGGAGUGUGUGCGUUACAUUUUUUUUAUCGUUCUGAAUCUGAAAAACGGACUCGGUGUGCAAAUGCCUUCAGUCUUUUUGUUCUUGAGCCGGGCCUGAAGUGUUUCAAAUUAAGCAAAAAGAAGUUCCAAUUUAUCGCCCUGAUGUCUAACCAAUGUGGGAAAUGACAAACAAACCACUCAGAAGACAUAAUUAUUAUUAAUAAUAAUAAUAAUAAUAAUAAUAAUAAUAAUAAUUGUAUUUUACAAUCCUAGAUCUACCUGCCAUUAAAUGAUGUAGACGUGAUAUUUUUUAACCCCCAAAUAAUGUACUCCUGGUCAGCCCAGCUGUCAAGUUAAACUCUUAAAUGUAUCUUUGUAUAACAAAUUGAAUUGUAACAAAUGUUAACCCAUUUUUGAUUUGUCCAAUUUGACUCUUAAUUCUCUCCGAGGUCGGCACGACUUCUCUUUGUGGAGACAAAAAAAAAAUGCUCUACGUGUAAAAAAAAAAAAAAAGAAAAAAGACGGCUAACGGAUAAAUGAAACUUUUAUUCGCUAAGAAAAAACAACCACAAGUGAAUUCUUUGGACUUUAAAACAUGUUGUUUUUUUUUUUUUUGGCGUAUUAUUCUAAGCCCUGUCAUGACACAAGCUACUAAAGCGUGUUUUUAGAUGUACUGUUAGGUUUAAUAUUUGGUUCUUUCUAAGCUGUUAACAGACGUCGAGGAUCUUUGAUUGUUUCACGGGAAGAUUUGAUUGACCUCCCCAACAGCUGCUGGCAUGAACUUUUUCGUUUGUCCAAAAUUAUUUCUUCUUUUUUAAGUCCUUGGACGUCAUGCACCAUUAUUUUCUUUGCCCUUAUUCUGGGUUGUACGAUUAUUUUAGGUGUCUCUCCUUUUUUUUUAUUUGAAGCUCAUCUUUUUGUGGGUGUCCCAGACAUGAUGAUUGGAUUGAGAUUUACCAGUGUUCCCCCAGUUUUGCUUCACAUCUGUAUUGGGCUUUGUUAAAAAAAAAAGGAAAUAAAACACUUCUUUUUAAGAAAAUAA